UCAGCAGCUGCCUUCUUUCCCAUCUGUUCAGUUUGCACCAAGCUCUCUGGCUGCGACUUAGGGCUGGCGUGUGGCUGGGGCUGUCUGAGCCAUGAACAGCCUCAGGGGUGCUAUCCUCUUCUGGGCAGUAGUAGUGUGGGCUAAAAUGGACAAGCCUUUGGGAGAAACAAAUGAGGCUGGAUUUCAAAAAUGCAAGAAUGCCUUAAAACUACCUGUUCUAGAAGUCUUACCCGGAGGGGGCUGGGAUAACCUGCGGAAUGUGGACAUGGGACGGGUGAUGGACCUGACUUACAGGAGCUGCAGGACCACGGAGGAUGGACAGUACAUCAUCCCCGAUGAAAUUGUCAGCAUCGCCCAGAAACAGAGCAACCUAGAGAUGAACUCCGAAAUCCUGGAGUCCUGGGUGAAUUACCAGAGCAGUACCUCCUUCUCUAUCAACUUGGAGCUUUCCCUUUAUUCCAAGGUCAAUGGCAAAUUCUCCUCUGAUUUCCAGAAGAUGAAGACCCUUCAAGUGAAAGACCAAGCUAUAACUACCCGGGUUCAGGUAAGAAACCUGAUCUACACGGUCAAAAUCAACUCAGCUUCAGAACUAAGCUGGAGGUUUAAGAAGGAGCUCAUGGACAUCUCUGACCGCCUGGAGAACAACCAGACGCGGAUGGCCACCUACCUGGCAGAGCUUCUGGUCCUCAACUAUGGCACCCACAUCAUCACCAGUGUGGAUGCUGGAGCUGCUCUCAUCCAGGAGGACCACAUCAGAUCCUCAUUCUUACAGGACAGCCAGAGCAGUCACACUGCUGUGACCGCGUCCGCUGGGAUUGCCUUCAUGAACGUCGUGAACUACAAAUUUGAAGAGAACUACACGUCGCAGAGCGCCCUCACCAAGAGCUAUCUCUCAAACCGAACCAACUCCAGGGUGCGAAGCAUCGGAGGGGUUCCUUUUUACCCAGGCAUCACCCUCCAGGCCUGGCAGCAGAACAUCACCAACAACCUGGUGGCCAUAGACCGCGAUGGCCUGCCUCUGCAUUUCUUCAUCAACCCUGACAUGUUGCCUGAGUUGCCAGGGCCCUUGGUGAAGAAGUUGUCCCGGACGGUGGAGGCUGCCGUGAGGCACUAUUACACAUUCAACACCUACCCUGGAUGCACAGAUGUCAAUUCGCCCAACUUCAAUUUUCAGGCCAACACUGAUGAUGGCUCUUGCGAGGGGAAAAUGACCAAUUUCUCCUUCGGAGGAGUUUAUCAGGAAUGCACCCAGCUGUCAGGGAAGGAGGUUGCCCAGCUCUGCCAAAACUUGGAGCAGAAGAAUCCCCUCACUGGUGAUUUCUCCUGCCCCUCUGGCUACUCCCCAGUCCACCUGCUGUCCCAGAUCCACGAGGAGGGUUACAACCACCUGGAGUGUCGACGGAGAUGCACCCUCCUCAUCUUCUGCAAGACGGUGUGUGAAGAUGUGUUCCGGGUGGCAAAGGCUGAAUUUAGGGCUUUUUGGUGCGUGGCGGGUGGCCAAAUACCAGAACACUCAGGACUGCUUUUCGGGGGCCUCUUCACUGGUAAGAGCAUAAACCCUUUGACAAAUGCACAGUCCUGCCCGGCUGGCUAUUUUCCACUGAGACUUUUUGAAAACCUCAAGGUAUGUGCCUCUCAGGACUAUGAGUUGGGAUAUAGGUUUUCCGUCCCCUUUGGUGGGUUCUUUAGCUGUGCAGUCGGAAACCCCUUGGCAAAUUCUGCCAUAGCCGAAGAUUUAGGGGCACCUUCUCUAAAAAAGUGUCCCGGGGGCUUCAGCCAACACCUGGCCCUCAUCAGUGAUGGUUGCCAAGUGUCCUACUGUGUCAAGGCUGGGCUUUUCACAGGAGGGGCUCUGCCCCCUGCCAGGCUCCCACCUUACACCACGCCACCCCUCAUGAGUCAGGCUGCCACCAACACUGUCAUCGUGACAAAUAGCGAGACGGCGAGUUCCUGGAUUAAAGACUCCCAGACCCACCAGUGGAGGCUGGGGGAGCCGUUAGAGCUGCGCAGGGCCAUGGGGGUCAUCCGUGGGGACGGCAGUGGUCUGUCGGGAGGGGCAGCAGCUGGGGUCACAAUGGGGGUCACCACUGUCCUGGCAGCCGCCAUUGCCCUGGCCGUCUAUGGCACCCGGAAGUACAAGAAGAGGGGCUACCAGGCAUUGGGGGACGAGAGGCAGAGUUUGGCGGCGGGCUCUGCAGAGACGGGGGGUGCCCCUGACCAAGAGCAGGAGCAGAGUCCAGCCUAAAUCUCUCCCGGGAAACAUCUCUCUCGUCUCUGCAAGCAUGCCUUUCA